UGUAAAAGAGGAAGAGGCAUGAAAAGUACCUUACUGAACACAACAGCAGCAGAGAGUGUGACAGUGUGAGCUGUAGGUAAACUGGGAGUGAUGGGAGCAGCCGGGAUCUCAUGGAGAACAACUAUGACCGUCAUCAUCACAGCAAUACAAAUCCCAGCUCUGAUCAGUGUCAGCGUCAGAACCGUGUCCGGUGUGGAGGGUCAGACGUUCAGCUUCACAUGUGAAUACCCACAGAGCUGGCAGAGCAACGCCAAGUACCUCUGCCGUGAGGAUGACAAUGACAAUCUACUGAUAAGCACAGAUAGACACAACCAGUGGGUGACAAACGGGCGCUUCUCCUUGUACGACAACACCACUGCAGCCUUCUUUCUGGUCCAAGUGGACAGACUGGUCCCAGAAGACGGUGGGAGAUACUGGUGUGGGGUGGACGUCAACUUACAGGAUCAUAUCAGAGCCAUACACCUGAACGUCUCGCGAGCAGCAAAGCCUCCAACAAAUCAGAUUCAUCACAUAAAUGAAGUAUCCACAACAUCCACAGACAUAAAAGUGGACAAGCUUAACAUUUCCCUGCUCCUGACUGCAGCGAUGUGUGUGGCAGCCAUACUGUUUGUGUGUCUGUUCACACUGUGUCUCCUGUGCGUUGUUAAACACCAGAGAUCCGCCCCACGCCAGAACAGAGAGACAUCAGCGGACUAUGAGACAAUGACGCCUGGUGAGGGAACUGAACCUGAACCCCGCUGCACCUGUUCAUCUUCGGCCUGUGCUGCUCUCUCAGCUCCACCGCUGCCACCUCCUGACCUCUGCCCCCACUCAACGUCAAAGAACCGGGAAUCCACUGUCAGUCUUGGCGUAUAUGCUGAAGUGGAUGUACGAGGCCACGUCAGCCAGUACCAACAUCUGGAUCUCAGCCAGUUGGAGGAUCAUGUGUAUCACGCACUCUGUGGUCCCAAAGAUGGACCCAUGCAGAUGAACUGUUGAUACCACUCAGUUUAUUUACAACUUGGGUCUUGUUUCUAAAACGUUAUACAGCCUCUCAAUUCGUCAAUUAUAUCUUUUUACUUUCUGAGAUACUGUGGUGGAAAAUUCUACUAACCAGGUGUCUCACUGCUAUGAACCUGACAAACAGGGUGUAUGCCCUUAUUCAGUGAUGUUUUCCUCCAAUUGCUACAGCAGAUAGACAUAGUCUUUUUCUCAUGUCUUUUUUUCAUAUUAUGUGUUAUGUAACACCUUUUUGGCGAGUUCCACUUUGUGCACCCGUGCUUGUUGUGUAACCUUUGCAGAGCUUACUAUUAAAAAGACUCAAAGGCAACUCCAGUCUAAUAAUUUAAUUAUUUCAAAUCUCAAGAUGAAUCCCAUCAAAAUACCUUGGUCAUAAUAGAAUAUUAACAAUAAUAUGAUUUGUGGCCAAAAGACACAAGUUUUAUACCUUUUGAAUCAAC